AUUGGACCGUCUUGACCUCUUAAGGCCAGAACUGAUUUCAUGGUCAGUGAGCAAUAAAACUGGUGAGGAAGAGGAGGAAGACUAAAAUGUUUGCGAUCUGGAGGGAAAGGAGAAAAGGGCUCUUCCAGAUGAUCCUUUCGAAAGGAGAGGGCAGUAAAACAAAGUAGUCACAGCUUACCGAAUAUCACUGAGGGCCUUUUUAUCUUAACUAUCUGCUUUUCUGGUCUGGUUCAUUCUAAGGAUAGCGACUGAGUGUUUGCAUAAGAUUUACAGGGCACUAGGUUAUUUAAUCUGGGAUCUGUGUGUGCCUUCCAAUGGUGCAUGGACAGACGGCUAACAGCUGUGAGGAUUUGAAGGCUUCACUGGGAUGUACUGACUUGGUAUUUCCAGCUGUAUGCAUGGUCCCCUCCACCGUGAUCAUCAGAUGCAGUCCAUGUCAGCAUUGUGAGGUGUCAGUUCUAAAUCUCUGCCCGGCUUUUGUCUGCCUGCCGGGUUUGAUCCCCUUUUCAGAGAGCCCAGCUCGCGGUAGGCUCUUGACGGGCUUCCUGUUGGCCCACUCAGCAGUCUCCUUAGUUCAGUUUGGGAGUCCAAUCCACUUAGCCCGUGAGCUGACAAUCUCAGCGAGCUUGUGUUUGGAGGGGUCGGGAGCAUAAAAGGUUGCGUAAUGAACUCUGCUCCUUUUUUAUGGCAGGGUACUCUCGGGGAAAUGCCGGUCACUAGGCUGCUGCGGCAGGUCGCGGGCCAGAUGUUGGGGAGCCCAGCCUGUGGCUGCUGGACAGCUACCCCGCCGCUCCAGUUUCUGGGCACCUCCCCUCAGCAGAUUCCAGCAGACGCCAGCUUCCACUCUACCUCUUUCUCUGGAACAGACCAGCCACGCGUCCUAAUUACAGGAGGUCUUGGCCAGCUUGGAGUGGGGCUUGCUAACCUUUUGAGGAAACGAUUUGGGAAGGACAAUGUGAUUUUGUCUGACAUAAGGAAACCCCCUGAUCACAUCUUCCACAGUGGCCCGUUUAUUUAUUCUGACAUUCUGGAUUACAAAAAUCUUCGGGAGAUCGUGGUAAACAACCGCAUCACCUGGUUGUUUCAUUAUAGUGCUUUGCUCAGUGCGGUUGGGGAAGCAAACGUAUCCUUGGCCAGAGCCGUAAAUAUCACCGGAUUGCAUAACGUCCUGGAUGUCGCAGCAGAGCACAACUUGCGAUUGUUUGUGCCUAGCACAAUCGGAGCUUUUGGACCUACUUCUCCCCGGAAUCCAACUCCCGAUCUCUGUGUUCAGAGGCCCAGGACGAUCUACGGGGUGUCCAAGGUCCACGCCGAACUUAUGGGAGAAUAUUAUCAUCACCGGUACGGGUUAGAUUUCCGGUGCUUGAGAUAUCCUGGAAUCAUUUCGGCGGACUCCCAGCCUGGAGGAGGAACAACUGACUAUGCGGUCCAGAUCUUCCACGACGCCCUGAAGAAUGGCAAAUUUGAGUGCAACCUGAAACCCAGCACAAGUCUCCCAAUGAUGUAUAUUGAUGACUGCCUCAGGGCCACUCUGGAAGUCAUGGAGGCCCCAGCAGAGUCCCUCUCCAUGAGGACCUACAACAUCAAUGCCAUGAGCUUCACCCCUGAGGACCUGGCCCAGGAGGUUCUCAAGCACGUACCAAAAUUCCAGAUCACGUACAACGUGGAUUCUGUUCGACAGGCCAUAGCGGAUAGUUGGCCGAUGAACUUUGAUGACAGCAAUGCUCGGAAGGACUGGGGCUGGAAACACGACUUUGAUCUUCCAGAGUUGGUGACGACGAUGUUGAACUUCCACGGUUCUGAUACUAGAGUUGCCCAGGCUAACUGAGGGAAUCAGAAGGGAGAGCUCAUAUGUCCCGGACCGCUGUCAAGGGAAAACCUUAACGACCCCGAGGAACCUAAAUUAUCUGGAAUGGAAGGAUGAAUUGGAUGAGAUGUUGGCAGCUCAUAUUGAACUGCCAGGUUGGAGAAUCAUGUUGGCUUUUGCAUUUUCAAGAUGCUGUAGGUUUGGUGGUAGGACUUCUAAACCUUUGCUGUUUGCCUAAACUUGCCCAAACACACAUAUCACAGAAUGAAGACUUCAGUCAGAAUAGUUGCCAUUUCCUUAAUUCAGAUGAAUUGACCAUUUUGGGGAAGGUGGACGUAUGUGAUGUUUGUCAUGAAUUAAAUUUAAUUUAAAUAUCA